AUGGCACCGGAGCCGCCCAUCACUCGCCGCAAGAGAACUCGUCCUCAACCAGAUGAUGAGGUCAUCUUGUCACCCGCACCGGCGUCCUCAGCUAAAAAGCGGCGGCUUAACGAUGCGCAUGCCUCGUCACCAUCAACCCCCAAAGCCUUUUCAGCUCUCGCUUCCGCAAUAGGAGGGGCUGGAGGGGUUCUUGGAGUCGGUCGUCGAGUCAGCACCAACAAGCUGAAUGGCAGGUUCAAGCAUGGCUGUGAGGCACUGGAAUCAAGCGACGGCGAAUCUGCACAGGAUUUACAAAUAAAAUCGAACAGACCGGCAGUGAAAUGGGGCAAAUUUGGCUUAAAAAAUCCCUACGUCCGAGAUGCAACCAAGAGCGUCUACGAUGUGCCAGAUUCGGGAGAUGAGCUGGAGGACCCGACCCACGCAAAUGACUCUGCGAACGGCUCUGCGAACCCACAGUACACCCUCCCAAGCACGGGACAAAGGGCGAAUGGGCCUUCGAAAACAGCCAAUGCCUCGCCAAAAUGUUCUGCUUCAAGUCGGGCAGUGCGCGGUGCAAAGAAGCAUGACGAAUACGAAUUUUCACAUGAAGAAUCGGAAAGAUAUCCACCACAACAAGGGGCGGACAUCGGCACUACCGACGAUAUUGAAGAAGAAGAAGCUGGCGGGAAAGGAUCAACAACACGAGGCAGCCUAAGAGGUUUUACAGGCCGCCGGCAGGAGAUUGCCCAGAAGCAGCCACCAACGCCUAAAGGCAUAUUGACACCGCGGCGCAAAAGACUUGGAAGGCCGCCUAAAAGCGUUGCAUUUGACAGUGAAGACAAUAGAAAAACUCCCGAGGUGUUUUUUGCGGAUUUGCCGUCCAAGUCAAAGAUCGCAUCACAAGCGAAGUCCAAGCCAAACGUCGCGGCCCCAGUGGGCAAGGGCAAGGCCUCCGCUGCAGACGAUAAAGAACAAGACAAGGAAGAGGAGGAGGAGGAGGAAAGCGAGGAUGACGAAGUCUGUGUUAUAUGCUCUAAACCCGACUCAAAGGGUGGGAACAAGAUCAUUUUCUGUGACCACUGCGAAAAGGCAUUUCACCAAAAGUGCUACAAAGUGCCCGUGAUUCCGAAAGGCGACUGGUUCUGCCGGGGUUGCCUGCAAGAAGAUGCAUUGCACAAUGAACAACAAGCCAUAUUUCCUGGAUUACAAACCGGAUCGCAAGAAGUCAGCACCUCUAAAGAACUGCCUGAUAUCCCCAACUUCGAGCGGCAUCUCCACACAAUGCAACGCGUGCUGAUCGACCGGUGCUCCGGAAGCCGGCGCAUCAAACUUACUGGUCAGACUGAAGCGUACGAGAAGACCUUCCAAUUGGUAGAACAGACUAUUUUGGCAGGCGAGGGUAAUUCCAUGAUGAUUAUCGGCGCACGAGGCUGCGGCAAGACAACUCUCGUGGAAACUAUCGUUUCCGACCUUGCUGCCGAUAAUAAGGAAGCAUUCCAUGUUGUCCGGCUGAACGGGUUCAUCCACACUGAUGACAAGCUUGCUCUGAAGGAAAUAUGGCGUCAACUGGGAAAAGAAAUGGCCGUAGAGGAUGAUUUGGUGAAUAAGGUGCGUCCAACGCUGUCGCGUAGCCAACCACCAGAGACUAAUGCGAUGAAGACCAACAAUUACGCCGACACCCUGGCUACGCUGUUAGCUUUGCUUUCCCACCCGUCAGAGAUUACUGGCACCGAAGAGGGGCUGACGUCCGAAUCUGUUGUUUUCGUCAUUGACGAAUUUGAUCUGUUUGCGACACAUGCCCGGCAAACGUUGUUGUACAACUUGUUUGACAUCGCUCAAGCUAGGAAAGCCCCGAUCGCCGUACUUGGCUUGACUACGCGAAUCGAUGUCGUGGAGAGCCUGGAGAAGAGAGUCAAGAGUCGGUUCAGCCAUCGAUAUGUACAUCUCUGUCUGCCCAAGAGCCUGCCUGCGUAUUGGGACAUAUGUAAACAAGGACUUUCAAUUGAUGAAGAGGAUAUCGAGUCUGAAGGUUUCGACACCACUUUAGCGGGGGUCGAAGAGUUCCUGCAAUACUGGAACGAAAACAUCGAGAAACUGCAAAAAACGCCAUCCUUCCAAGAUCAUCUGGAGUACCAUUUUUAUACGACAAAGUCGGUCCCAAUGUUUCUGACGACAUGGGUGCUCCCACUCUCUGCUCUGUCCGCCACAUCCCCCGUCCUGCAGGUUUCGUCUUCAUCGGUGUUAUCUGUUUCUUUGGACGCUCCAGAUUCGAAGCUUCACCUCUUAGCUGCUCUGUCAGACCUCGACCUCGCGCUAUUGAUCGCUGCAGCCCGCCUCGAUAUUGUGGCGCACACCGACACGGUCAACUUUGCCAUGGCCUAUGAUGAGUAUAGCUCCCAAAUGGGCAAACAAAGGUUGCAGUCGGCGAGUUCCGGCAUGUUAGCACUUGGCGCCGGAGGCAGAGUUUGGGGUCGUGGAGUAGCCGCCAUGUCCUGGGAGAGGUUGGUCGCUCUGGGGCUUCUGGUACCUGCGGGCAUAGGAGGAAGGAGCAACGCGAUACAUGGGGGCCUCGAGGGCAAAAUGUGGAAACUUGAUGUAACGUUGGAGGAGAUACCGGCGGCCGUCGAGCUGCCUGCAUUUCUCGGAAAGUGGUGCUCCCAGAUUUAG